AUGAGGAUUGACUGUGGCUGGAUGGUUAUCAAAAUUUACUCGGCAGAAUAUUCACGUUCGAAUCCCAAAAUAUGUUCAGAUGGAUCCAACACACAAGAGUCCUGCUCCCCUGUGAUGAAAACCAAGGAAGUCAAAAGACUUUGUGGUGGAAAAGCUGCGUGUAAUAUCAGUGUCGACGAGAAAAUGAUGGGUGACCCUUGUCCUGACAUCAACACUGAGUAUCUGAAUGUCUUAUAUUUAUGCCGUAAGUGGUUUGAAUCGGUGAAUGCUACAAUACUAGUCAUACUUACACUGUAUUCUUAUUUUUCCUUUAAUGAAAUGUGAUCAUUUAAUGAACGAUCUUUAAAAUCAGGUAGGCUAAUGAAGGGUGUAUCUGAUCUCCAUCACACAGAAAACGUAGUUCUUAAGCUAUGUGCAAACGGACGCAACUAAUCCCAACGCCUAACAAUGUUGGGAGUUGUUACGUCCGUGUUGGCAGUGGUGUGCAAACGGAUGUAACAACCCCGGGGGGGUAAUCCCUUAUAAGGGCUUAAUGGGGACGUGCGGCCAGCCAGGGUAUGUUUUUCGGGAUUUUUGUCUUAAACAGGGUAUUGAAUUUAUCAUUUUCUGUCUUAAUCAGGGUAUCGAUCCAUCAAUUUUUGUCUCAAACAGGAUAAAUGUCUUAAACAGGGUAUCAAAAAUCGGAAUUCUGUCUUAAACAGGGUAGGAAAAUCAGCGAUAUUUGUCUUAAACAGGGUCAGGGUAUGAGGGGCCGCGCCGCACCUCCCCACCCAGGGAUAUAUCGAGUACCCCCUCCCCCCCGGGGGUAACAGCUCCCAAAAAUGUUGGUACCUGCAGCUCGUCGUGGGAAGGAUACAACCCAAAGACGUUGCAAAUUCCAAGGAAACUAUGUGUAGCGUGCGUGCCUGGCCCCUACAAUGUUGAAAGAGCUAUGGAAAAAGAUCCAACAUUGUUCCGCAAGACUUUUACGAUCACGGAACAAAAGAAAUGUUGGGAAGUGUUGGCACAAAAGUUUGACCGGUUUCAAACUUUGCUCAACAACUCCCAAAACACGAAAAAACAUUCAAUAAUUAACAUGCAACAGGGUGUGCGGUAGUUGUUGGCCAACAAUGUUGCGCUCUCUUGCACGGGGCUUUAGGGAAGCGGUUGUUGCCGGUGCAGUUGUUUCUUUCGUAAGCGGUGGUUACCAUUUUUAAGACAUUUAGAAACUUGUUGACCUGGUAUUGAGAGUGUUCCUAAUAAAAAGAAAGAAAAUCUCAACCCAGGGUCGAAUCCGAACCUUUCGUAUCCUAAUCUCUCUCCCUUACCAUUACAUUACAACACCGACCAACCAAAAUUCCGAAAAAAUUAAUUGCAUAAAAUGGCAAGCUGUCUUUCUUAAAGCCCUAUGCAAACAGACGCAACAUGGUUAGCCAGCAACUCCAAACAUUGUUGGAUGUUACCAUUGGCGGAUCCGGACCUUUAGAUAAGAAGGGCGGGGUGGGGAGUUGUGGGGCGGAUGUUGCAUUCGUUUGCACACCCUGUUGCAUGUUAUUGAGAGUUAUUGCGCUAAUUUUGCGACCGAUCAAACUUUUAGCGGCGUGCAAAACGGAUGAAACAACUUCCACCAUUGCUGGGUCAACAAUGUUGGGAGUUGCCAUUUGCACGUAGCCUAACUGUUACAUCAAUGACUGGUGACCCAAGCCCUUUUCAUAACUUUCAAAGUAAAUUCAACUUGAGCUUCAACGUCUUUCUUUCUAAGACUAUUCAAAAAACGUAUUAUUUGCUUUAUUUUAACUUAAUUCAGGGAAUUUAUCACAUCUAUCAUGACUUUAAAAUGGCAAAGACCGUUUACGACUGAAGCUCACGCAAAGAUCGGUGAUUUCAGUGGAAUUUCUGUAACGGAGUAGAGCUGCCCUUCGUUGAUCUCGAAACGGUGUAUCUAUCGUCAUGACAUACCGAUUAGGUCUCUGCCACGUUCUCUUCGUCGUUAUCUGAACACUUAUUCAUACCAAUGAGCUGUGAAUACAAGUUCCGUUACACACGUGACUUGGUCACUAUAAGUAGAGACCAAAAGAAAAGUCAGAGGUCAUUGAAAGAGCGUCAUCUUAUAACGCCGAGAACGGAGGUGUUUUUGUGAGCUUUCCCGAUAAAUUUGGGUUUCUGGGAAACUGCUCACAUACCCCUCCCCUAAGUUAACAUUAACUCUGACUUCUCACUUAGCGCAAAAUGUUGGGUUAGGGGAGGGGUAGGUGGGCAGUUUCCCAGAAACCUAAAUUGAUCCAGCUUUUCCCCUAUUUUUAUGCGGACGAAAAGAAAAAAAAAAUUGGGAUUCGUGUGGACGGUGUCUCUCGGUGUUUCUCCCGGAAGUUGUUGUCUACGAGAUGUAUAGUCAUGUGCGCUUGAUUUGAAUCUUGGCAUGUUGUAAGAGCAUGCUGGGGUAUUAUCAUGGCGAGUGAGUAAAGUUUUUUUGUUGAGUUUAAUCUCGCGUAUUAAGUGCCAUCUGUCGCGAAUCGUUACAGGAGAGGUCUUAGAGGCGAAAAAGGUAGCUUCAUAAGAUUUCUUUCUUUGCUUUCUUAAUUUCUUGGGGGGUUUCAAAAGUUGAUUCGAUUUAAUGGCCUUUUUAAAACAUUUGAUGUUUAAACUCUUGAUUUAGUUAAGCACGCCCCUAAAAUAAGCUAGAUGAGUUUGGGGUUGUACAAGACCGGGUUAUCCUCCUCGUCUGCUUUUCACUUGUGAAUAAAGAGUUUAUUAUUGUUAAAAUUAUUAUUAUUAUUAUUAUUAUUAUUGUCAUCAGCCCACUGAUGAAGUCAAUAUACUUUCUCUUAUAGACGAGCCACCUAACAAGUCUACGAUGGUUUUAACAACGCCAUCCACUCCCUCCCAUCCCUUAAGUAAAACUACAACACCUAGCUUAUCAAGUGGAACAAUUUCAAGCAAACCGACCGAACACAAAGAAGAAGAUGACGAAGAAAGAGAUGACGAACAAGAAGAUGAGGAAGGUUCUGAGGGUGACGUCUCUGCUGAAGUUGUACAUUUCGUUUUAUUUGGUGGAGCUUACAUUAGCACAUAUCCUACUAUCUUUACUAUCCUACAGAUCUUAAUUGUAAUUAACUUGUGA